CCCCUCCUUCCCCCCUCGUUAGCCUCUCACGGCUCUUUCCUCUUUUACAAAUAGAAUCACCGAACCACAGAACCAAAGAAAUAUCCCCAUACUGUACCGAACUCUACCAAACUCUACCAAACUCUACCACACAAACAUAUACGAAAAACCAUACGAAGCCUAUACGAAGCCCAUACACAGCCUUCCUCACUCCAUCCACACACACAGACACAUCCCUCCUCCCGUCCAUUCCACCACACCCAUCCACCCAAUAACCACUCGACAACUCUUCUCAACCAUCCACUCACACCCACUCACACACCAUUCACACCCUCUCAACACACGCCAUUCACCCGCCAUCCUCCCGCCAUCCUUCCGUUAUUCACACCCCCCCCAUCCGUCCCCUCUGUCCCCUCGGUCCCCUCUACCUCCCUCCCCGCCAAACAACACCAUGACCCGUCGUGUACCCAUAUACAACUUUUGACCGAGACACUCUAUUCACACACCACCCCCCUCCGUGCCUCUCGUACCAUACUUCUCGUCCAUGUGGGUGUGGAUAAAAAGGAAGGGCUCCAUAGAAGAUCAAUUCUGUAUCCUCCUCCUCCACUCCAAGUGUAACAGAUCAACUGCUUCUGUGCAAAUAGUAGCACCGCUGUACCUUCUUCUCCCCCAACCUCCUCCCGCCGUUGUUCCGCUGCACUCUACUUUCUUCUACCUCCCUUCUACCUUUCUUCUACUCGCUGAGCGAAAUACAUUCAAUCAUAGUCAGACAAUCACGCUUGAUUGACACUUGACUGACUCUCCAAUUCUACGCCUUUCAUCAUUUGCUGCCAGGAUCCACGUCCCUUUGCCUCGUCUCUCAAUCCCUUUGUUCAGACGACCUGCCCAGACGACCAAAUCCCCCAUCCGUUGGUUCGCUCCCAUUAGACCUCCCGCAUCCGCAUCGAACCACAUCGGAGACAUCCCGCAAGACACGCAAGCAAACCCUUUCCACCGCACGUCGCAGGAUCUCGACUUCCACUGUCUUCACUUCUCACUGUAUCAUUCGUUUUUCUUCGUUUUCGUUCUACGGCCGCUCAGCCGCAAGUUGCAGUCCUUCACUUCUUAUCAUAAACUCGUCGACCGAGUCGGCGAUGUCUGGUUGAUCAGACGUUUUUUUCUUGUGUUUCCGGAUACGCCACAACUUCGAGAUACACCAUUUGUCGUACAAUAGCGUUGUAUAUUUCCAUUAUCAUUAGCACCAGCGUCUGCCUUUUUAUAGACGCUUCCCACACCCACCACCCACCAUGGAUACCUUCGAACCACUCGACACCAUCGACUCCAUAAUCCCCUCACAAGUUGAGAUGGAGACAACCGAACCACCCCCAAAGCUCAAGGGGAGACAACGCUUCCUCCACAGCCUUCAACGAAUGUCCUCGGCGACCUCCCUCAAGGGACUCAGCAGGAAACGUGCCAUAAGCAAUCCAUACUCGAGCACAAGCAGCAGGGGUUCGGCAAUCAGCUUCUCAAACAUACAAUCGAGCCAGGCGGGCAGCAGCUCGAGUUUCUCGAGGCUGGUUAUGGGACAACAGGCCAAUACGCCUAUAUCUAGCGGGAGCACUCCACCUACGCCCGUAAAUGGACUGUCGAACCUCGCAAGUCGACCGUGGACGGCGAAUUUGGACGAUGGAGGGCCAGGGAGUUCUCCCACCUCACACCCCGGGAUACAGACAGUCGACUCUGAUAUCAUCGAGAUUGACGAGGGAUACUUUGCUCAUCCGGUGGCAUCAUCGGCUGUCAAGCCCAGCACACCGAAUCCGAAUUUUGAUUUCUGGGGCAGCCUACCAGAGGAACUGAGACUAUCAGUUUUGAGCCAUUUACGACCAAAGGAGCUGGUCCGAGCAUCUAUCGUCAGCCGUCUCUUCUACUCAAUGUGUUUUGACGGCCAACUAUGGACCUGCUUCGACGCCUCCGAAUUCUACACCGCCAUCCCCGCCGACUCUCUAGCCAAGAUCGUCUCCGCAGCCGGUCCCUUCGUCAAAGAUCUCAACCUCCGCGGCUGCGUCCAAGUCGAGCACUACAACCGCGCCGACGUCGUCGUGAAAUCAUGCAACAACCUGAUAACAGCCACCCUCGAAGGGUGCCGCAACUUCCAGCGCGCAACCCUCCACGUCUUACUCUCCAGCAACCAGCGACUCGCGCACUUGAACCUCACGGACCUCGCGGCAGUCAACAACGGGUCUUGCAAGAUUAUAUCCAAAUCCUGCCCGCAGCUCGAGUCUUUCAAUGUCUCAUGGUGCAGUCAUAUGGACUCCCGUGGACUCAAACUCGUCAUCGCUGGGUGUCCUAAACUGCGAGAUCUCCGCUGCGGCGAGGUGCGUGGGUUCAGCGGCGCCGCUGGUCUCGAAGUGGCUACGGCGUUGUUUAAGACGAAUAACCUCGAACGUCUCGUUCUGAGCGGAUGCUCAGACAUUACAGACGCGACGCUACAGACUAUGAUCCAAGGCUCCACAGACCCGGACACAGAUAUCCUCACCAACCUCCCUCUCGUCCCUGCGCGAAAGCUCCGCCACCUUGACCUCUCCCGCUGCAACCGCCUAACAGACACCGGUCUCGAGUCCCUCGCCCACUGCGUCCCCUACCUACAGGGUCUCCAACUCUCCUCCUGCGCUCUGCUAACCGACUUCUCCCUCUCCGCCCUCGUCGCCACGACACCCUACCUCACGCAUUUGGAUCUCGAAGAAGUGAGCAACCUGAGUAACACCUUCCUCUCCGCCCAUCUCGCGAAAUCACCCUGCGCACCGCUCUUAUCACACCUGACGCUGUCCUACUGCGAGAAUAUCGGGGACGUAGGAGUCCUCCCACUUCUCCGCGCCGCAACGGGACUGAAGGCGUUAGACAUGGACAACACCGCCAUAACCGACCUCGCCCUCGCCGAAGCCGCCCUCAUGGUCCGCGACCGCGCCUCCCGCACCCCCUUCCCCCUCCCAACCUUCCCGCAAGGCGCCCGCGCCACCCCAACCCUAAAACUCGUCAUCUUCGACUGCCCCCACAUAACCUGGCCCGGGAUCCGGGAGAUUCUGUCCCGGAACUCGGAGAUGCUAUCUCUCCCCCCCAACAGGCGGGAAGUCAUAGCGCUUAAAUGCUUUUAUGGGUGGCAGAUGACGGUUGAUGAGCAUUUGAAGAGGGUGCUGGGGGGGGAGAGACAUGGCGCGGAGAGGCUGGAGAGGAAGUGGGCGGAGCAUAUGGUUGCUAGUGAGGAGGUUGGGGAGGGGAGGGGAGGGAGGAGGAGGAGGAGAAGGGCGAGGGAGGCGGAGAGGGGGUUGGAUGAGGAGGGGGGUGGGGUGGUGGGAGGAGGGAGGAGGAGGGCGAGGAGUGGGGGGUGUGUUGUUAUGUGAGAGAUUGAUUGAUUUGCGUGGACGGUGGUAUGAUAGGGAGGGAGGGCAUUUUUUGUUUUGUUUGUCGGUAGUUCUGUGUUUGCGGUUUGGCUCUCACUUGGGGCAUGGCGAUGCGAUGCGAUGCGAUGCGCUUUGUUUUGAUCCAUAGACUUGGUGUAGCUUUGCGCGGAGUUUAUGAUUUUUCUGGUAGGGGUGUGGAUGGAUGGAGUGGAUUGGUGCUGUGGAUAUGGAUGAGUAUGACUAUAUGACCAGAGACACUCACGAAGAGGAGCGGGGGGUUGGGUGCAUGUAGAAAUAUCAGUAGCGAAGCAAACACGAUAGAUCAACGAAUUUACAUCUUAC